ACUCAACACUUUCUAAGUCUUAACAUUUUCUUUUUUGCUUUUCCUGUAGGAUCAUGGAUUUUCCUGGUCACUUUGAACAGAUCUUCCAGCAACUAAACUACCAGAGACUACAUGGCCAGCUCUGUGAUUGUGUCAUCGUAGUGGGGAACAGACAUUUUAAAGCCCACCGCUCGUGCAGCACACACUUCUGAACCCUGUUCUCAGUGGCAGAGGGAGAUCAAACCAUGAACAUGAUCCAGCUGGAUAGCGAGGUAGUGACAGCAGAGGCCUUUGCUGCACUGAUCGACAUGAUGUACACCUCCACCCUCAUGCUGGGGGAGAGCAAUGUUAUGGAUGUCUUAUUGGCAGCCUCUCACCUGCAUUUGAACUCUGUUGUUAAGGCAUGUAAACAUUACUUGACCACAAGGGCAUUGCACAUGUCUCCUCCCAGUGAGAGUGUUCAGGAGCAGAGUGCCCACCUGCAGCGCUCUUUUAUGCUACAGCAACUGGGACUAAGCAUUGUGAGCUCAGCCCUCAAUUUCAGCCAGAGUGGUGAGGAGCAGCCAGCCCCCAUGAGCUGGUCCAUGUGGGGUAACCUGGACCAGCGGACACUCUUCCUCAUGAGGCGCCUCCACAAGCACAAGCAGUCUGCAGAGGAGCGGGCCAGACAGCGCCUCCGAGCCCCCAUGGAUGAGUCUACCAUUUCUGAUGUUGCCCCAGAGAAUGGGCCUUCAGGGGUCCAUUCUAGGGAGGAGUUCUUUUCACCAGAUUCUCUGAAAAUUGUGGAUAAUCCUAAAGCUGAUGGAAUGAACGACAACCAGGAAGAUGGUACCAUCAUGUUUGACCAGACUUAUGGUGCUCAGGAAGAUGCCCAGGUGCCCAGCCAGUCUGACAACAGUGCUGGCAACAUGGCACAAUUGUCCAUGGCCUCCCGUGCAACUCAAGUUGAGGAUCAUUUUGAGCAGGAAGCUGCAACUGAGAAAAAUGGUUUUCAGUGUGAAAAUCCUGAGGUUGGCCUUGGUGAGAAGGAGCACAUGAGAGUGGUGGUAAAAUCUGAGCCUCUGAGCUUGCCUGAGCCUCAGGAUGAGGUGAGUGAUGUUACUUCACAGGCAGAAGGCAGCAAAUCUGUGGAAGUGGAAGGAGUCGUGGUCAGUGCUGAGAAGAUAGACCUCAGCCCUGAAAGCAGUGACCGGAGAUUUUCAGAUCCCCAUGGGGGUGAUAGGGUGGGUGAUAUCCACAUUCUGGAAGUCACAAAUAACCUAGAACAUAAGUCCACUUUUAGUAUUUCAAAUUUUCUUAACAAGAGCAGAGGAAGUAACUUUAAUGCAAAUCAGAACAAUGAUGACAAUAUCCCAAACACCACUAGUGACUGCAGGCUGGAGGGUGAGGCCCCUUAUUUGUUGAGUCCAGAGAUUGGGCCUGCAGGUGGGCCCUCCUCUGCCCCUGGCUCCCAUGUGGAGAACCCAUUUAGUGAGCCUGCAGACUCCCACUUUGUUAGGCCCAUGCAGGAGGUGAUGGGCCUGCCAUGUGUGCAGACUUCAGGCUACCAAGGAGAACAGUUCGGGAUGGAUUUUUCCAGGUCUGGGUUGGGCCUUCACUCUUCCUUCUCCAGGGUUAUGAUGGGUUCCCCCAGAGGAGGAACCAGUAACUUUCCAUACUACUGCCGCAUAGCUCCCAAAAUGCCAGUUGUAACUUCUGUCAGGAGCUCGCAGAUCCCAGAAAACUCUGCCAGUUCUCAGCUAAUGAUGAAUGGGGCCACAUCCUCAUUCAAAAAUGGCCAUCCUUCACAGCCUGGUCCCCCACAGUUGACCAGGGCAUCUGCUGAUGUCCUGUCAAAGUGCAAGCAGGCCUUAUCAGAGCACAAUGUCUUGGUUGUAGAGGGAGCUCACAAAUAUGCCUGCAACGUCUGCAAAACUUUUCUGACCUUGACAGAUUGCAAAAAGCACAUCCAUGUUCACACAAGUGAAAAACCCUAUGCCUGCCUGAAGUGUGGCAAGAGGUUCAGUCAGUCGAGCCAUCUGUAUAAACACUCAGAGAUGACCUGCCUGCGCUGGCAGAGCAGCAACCUCCCCAGCACUUUGCUCUAACUGUGUGUCCCCGUGACACAACACUGAGGCCAGUUGCGGGACCGAAACUAACAUCUCUCCUGGUAGGCGGUUAAUGCCAGAAAGCUUGAGACUCUGGCUGCCCAGUGGCUCUAGCCAAUUUCCUCAGCAAACAGGUGAACUGUAGCACUUGUGCCGCUGCACUUCGAGUGGAAGGCACACUUGGGAGAGGGAUGCGAUCCCUGACACGGAGUUCUUCUAUAGGGUUGAGCGAUAGUCAUAAAAGUAGUUUGUAAUUGAUGUUGUUAUAAGUGGCACAUUUAAAAAUUGAAGUGCAAAAAAAAAUUUUUUAGCAAUUUUUGUAAAACUCUGUGAAGCAUUUAAUUAAAUUUCCUAUACCCUCUGAUGGGAAUAUUAUGUCCCUGUACAGUGA